UAUUUAUUCUGCAUGCCGGAUCGAAACGUAAAAUUGCGUAAACAAUAGAUCUUUUGUUGUGUGUACAGCGCGUUUGCCGGUGCGCGGGGCGGUGACAAGCCGCAUCUGCAUAUUAGCGAAAAACAGCCAAUGGGAUGGCUUCCAUUCCGAUCCGGUCAGUAACAAUAGAGUUGUAAAUAAAAGCGUACUCGCAUCUCGAGUAUUUACAAUUUCUUUCUGAGAAUCAGAAAAUUAAGUUUCAUUUGAGCACUCGGGCCUGUUAACAAACAUCAUGCCUCCUAAAUCUGGUAAGAAACCCGAAGCAUCUAAAGGCAAGAAAAACGUCGUAGCUGGUGACAAAAAGAAGCGCAAAGGUCGUCGCAAGGAGAGCUACGCCAUCUACAUUUACAAAGUUCUGAAGCAAGUUCAUCCCGACACAGGAAUCUCCAGCAAAGCAAUGGGCAUCAUGAAUUCGUUCGUGAACGAUAUAUUCGAACGCAUCGCUGCAGAGUCGUCUCGACUAGCGCACUACAACAAGAAGUCCACAAUCAGCUCGCGAGAGAUUCAGACUGCAAUUCGCCUACUACUACCAGGGGAGCUUGCCAAACACGCCGUCAGCGAGGGGACCAAAGCCGUUACUAAGUACACCAGCAGCAAGUGAUUCAUUGCUCUAUAGCAAUAAAACGGCUCUUUUAGGAGCCACCACAUAGAGAAAAGUUCAAGUCACAUGCAAUCUGACUAUAACAAAACGAAUAUCCCCUGCCUCUCCCAUAACAAACAACACAAAAACAUAUACACUACAUAUCUAGAGUCAACAUGCACCUCUCCCUA